AAGCGGCAACAGGGCCCCCAAGGGGCCCAAUUCCCGUGUUCUCAUCGGGAUCUUCCCGCUAGAAGCCAGACCAGGCCUCAAAGUGUCCACCAACUAAGACCCGGCGACAUCGACGUGGUGGGCGCAAUUGGGGACAGUUUAACUGCGGGUUUUGGGGUGGAGGUGGACAGUUUGCUGGCCCUGCUGCAUGAAGCCCGCGGCUCCAGCUUCUCAAUAGGUGGCGCAGGGACUUGGCAGACGCAUUUGACCCUCCCCAACAUCCUCAAGCAGUUCAAUCCGCACCUUUACGGCUACUCGUUGAACGCAAUCACGACCGACGGCAAGUCCAAGUUCAAUGUGGCCGAAGGGGGCGCCAUUUCGAAUGAUAUGCCCUUUAUGGCCCGAGUGCUGGUCGAUCGCAUCAAGCGCGAUAAGCAUGUGGAUUUGGAAAACGACUGGAAGAUGAUUUCGGUCUUCAUCGGCCACAACGACCUCUGCUCAGACGCCUGCUACAAGCGAGACUUCCAGAAAGUGCUGGCCAAUCACGAAGCAGACAUGCUGGAAACGCUCAGAACGUUUCGCAACCACCUGCCCAGAACGGUGAUCAACCUGAUCCCGCCCAUACACCUGAAAAUCCUGCUCGACAUGACCGACAAGCCGGCCUCCUGCAUCGUGCCCCACAUCAUCUCCUGCCCGUGCCUCAUAGGGCUGCCCCACCGCCACCUGGUGCCUCAGAUGAUGCGCCUGAUGGACCAAUGGCAGGCGCUGGAUUUGCAAAUCGCCAACUAUCCAGAAUUCGACAGCGACCAGUUCACGAUCAUUGCGCAUAAGUUCACUUUGAACUUCACGUUGCCACGUUUGAAGAACGGCGGAAUGGAUUAUGGGUAUACGGCGGCCGAUUGCUUCCAUGCCAGCCAAAGGGGGCAUGCAAAAGCUGCCAACGACCUGUGGAACUCCCUGCUGGAGCCCUACGGCCAGAAAACGACCAACGGCGGGCCGGAAUUCGCCCGCUUCCUGUGCCCAUCGGCCGAGCGCCCCUACCUGUUCACCCGGAGAAACGCAAACCGCUAAUAAACGACUGUUUUCCCCCGAA